CGAAUUCCUUUAAACAGAGCUUCCAAAACUAACACCUUUCCCUCUCCAACACACACCUAUUCCAAUGAGACCCCUAAUCCCCAAACCAACCGAAAAGAAAAUCUCAUUCCCGAAAUCUGACACCACCGCCAGAAACCCCACACUACCAAUGACCCAAUUCGCAGUCGAAUGCUGGUUCGACGAUGCCUGCCUUCUCGACAUGGACUACUUCAUCAAGACCUUAUCAGGCGUCAAAGCCAAAGGCGUCCGCCCCGACCUCAUCGGCUCCAUAAUCGUACAUUACGCCUCCAAAUGGCUCCCAGACCUCUCCAGCGAAAAUCCAACCGUCCAUAAUCCAAUCGAUCCAAAUGGGUCACCAGAAACCAUCACAUCCACCUGGAUGAAGAAGCGUUUCUUUGUCGAGACUCUCAUCGGAAUCCUCCCCCCAGAGAAAGACUCUGUAUCUUGCAACUUCCUACUCCGCCUGCUUCGCAUGGCUAACAUGGUCGGGGUCGAGCCAGCUUACCGAGCUGAGCUAGAGAAACGGGUCUCGUGGCAGCUCGACCAGGCCUCACUCAAGGAGCUCAUGAUCCCGGCCUUUAGCCACACUUGUGGGACCCUCCUCGACGUAGAGCUGGUGCUGCAGCUGGUGAAGAGGUUUGUUGAAAUGGAUGAAGCUGCUAAGAGCGGGGCCGCCAUUGUAAAGGUGGCGAGAUUGAUCGAUUGCUAUCUCGCAGAGGCCGCCAUCGACGCCAAUUUGACAUUGCCGGAUUUUAUCGCACUCGGCGGAGCUCUUCCUAGCCAUGCGCGUGCGACGGACGAUGGGUUGUAUCGGGCGAUUGAUACUUAUCUCAAAGCCCACCCAAACACAUCCAAGCAAGAAAGGAAGGCCCUCUGCCGGUUAAUCGACAGCCGGAAACUCUCACCGGAGGCAUCCCUCCAUGCCGCUCAGAACGAGCGUCUUCCAGUCCGUGCAGUGAUCCAAGUUCUCUUCUCUGAGAACACCAAGCUCCACCGUCAAAUUGACUGGAGUGGGUCCAUUAGUGGGACCCACAGCCCGAGUACUGCAUUCGAGACGCCACCACUGCCGUCAGCCCGGUGCAUCUCGAAGCGUGAGGUGGCAGCGCAGCAGAUGGAGAUACGGAGGCUGCGGGAUGAGGUGAUGAGGCUCCAGAGCCACUGCAACUCCAUGCAAGCUCAGUUAGAGAAGCUACUGGAGAAGAAGAAGAAGAAAGGCAUCUUUAGGUGGGCCAUGAUCGGCGGUCCAUUAUUCCGCAGCGCAGGCGUUGAGGACAGUGUCGGAGAAGGCGAUAUGGGGUCGGAGCGUCAGACUCCGGCAGUGGUUGUGAAAGGAAGGAAAGCGCAAAGCAAAACACUACCCAAGUGGAGGAAGUCCAUGUCUUGAAGAGAGGCUCUGAUAUUCCUUUUUAGUUACAAUGAUUUGUUUCCUGCCAAGGUGUCACUUAUUUAUACCAUCCGAGACGUCCAAAGGGUGGGCCGCAUCAUAAUAUGGGGUUAAAACGAAGAUGGUCCAUUCAUCAGGCGUACUGUACUUUUGAAAUCAAUGGAUGACUGGAUGUCUAUGUGUGGUCCACCUGAUGAAUGGAUCGUUCUAAUUGUCGUUCCAAAUGGUCUUCAAGGGAUGGCUCGGAUGUUCGACUGAAGUGAUACAUUGGUGUCUAAUAAAAGUAUUGUAUGUGAAAGUUAACAUACAAUGCUGUAUGUGAACAUUUCUCCUGUUGUAUUUUGUUAAUCUUGUUGUUAAUUAGCUUAUUAUUGUCCACAAUAGGACUUGAGCAUUCAAAUCAAAGUAGAAAGGUUGACGAGGACGCGUUUGGAUGCAAAAGCAAAUCAAACUAUGAAAUGGCCGUUUACUCAAGAGGGGGGAAAUGACUAUAAGUUAACGACGUUUCUUAGUAUUUGUAACGAUGAAAUGUGUUUGGAGUUUAGUGUAAUUACAAUUUGGAGCCUAUU